AGAGAAAAAAAAAUGUAUUUCAGUACUCAGACGCGCCUUCAUCUCGUCGGAUACAACAAAAAUAAAUUUGUUUGAUUGAAUCAAUUAGUUGGAAUUAACCGAAGACGAGAUGAAUUCGUUAAAAUUCAGCUCCGUACAUCUAACGAAAUCCAUUGCCAGUAUAUCCGGCGGAAAUCGGAAUUUAUCCAAUACGUCGGCAUCGAAACAGUUUCGUAAUAUUUUGCAGAAACAAAUCGAUGAUAUCAAAUUGGCCGGAACGUACAAAAAUGAGAGAAUUAUCACUUCGUCGCAGAGUACCAACAUUACCGUUAAGGGUUCCCAAGGCGGAAUCCUAAACUUUUGUGCCAAUAAUUAUUUGGGGUUGUCGAACAAUCAAGAAAUCAUACAAUAUAGCAAACAAAUGUUGGAAUCACACGGAUGUGGUUUAAGCUCUGUACGUUUUAUUUGUGGCACUCAAGACAUUCACAAGACAUUGGAAAGUAAAAUCUCACAAUUUCAUGGACGCGAAGACACGAUACUGUACGCGUCUUGUUUCGAUGCGAAUGCGGGAAUAUUUGAGGUCGUUCUUACACCAGACGAUGCAGUAUUUUCGGAUGAAUUGAAUCAUGCGUCGAUCAUUGACGGUAUCCGUUUGUGCAAAGCGAAAAAGUCACGGUAUCAACAUAGAAAUAUGCAGGACUUGGAGCAGCAGCUCAAGGCAUCUGAUGGGAGAAUAAAAAUGAUCGUUACCGAUGGUGUAUUCUCAAUGGAUGGUAAUGUUGCACCGCUUACCGACAUAUGCAACUUAGCGGAUAAAUAUAAUGCCUUGGUAUUUGUUGACGAGUGCCACGCAACUGGCUUUUUUGGUGAGACAGGACGAGGAACAGAAGAAUUCCACGGAAUACUCGGUCGCAUCGACAUCAUCAAUUCGACAUUGGGUAAAGCAUUAGGCGGCGCUUCCGGAGGAUACACAACCGGUCCAAAACAACUGAUCGAUUUAUUGCGUCAAAAAUCACGACCAUAUCUGUUUUCCAACUCCUUACCGCCAGCAGUCGUCGGAACUGGAAUAAAGGUCAUUGAUAUGCUGUUGAACUCCAGUCAAUUGAGCAGAAAAGUCCAAAGCAAUACAAAACGCUUUCGAACGACAAUGACCAAGGCUGGUUUCACCAUCGCUGGCAUGGAUCAUCCAAUUUCGCCGGUGAUGUUAUACGAUGCGAAAUUAGCAAGUACUUUUGCGGAUGAAAUGCUGAAAAGGGGCAUCUAUGUAAUUGGUUUCAGUUUUCCGGUCGUUCCCAAAGAUAAAGCUAGAAUUCGCGUUCAAAUUUCGGCAGCUCACACUGAAGAAGAGAUUGAUCGAUGUACCGAUGCAUUUAUUCAAGUUGGCAAGGAAUUGGGAGUCAUCUAGUAGUAUUAAGAUUAUGAUUUCAUAUUGACGCAUUUCCUCAGUCGAGGUUAAAAUAAAACUAAAAAUAAAAUUA